AUGGAGUUAGUGGGGGGCGAGACAUCCAAAGCACACAGCUGGACUUGCAUAGAUCUGUAUGUAUUUGCAACACCGUACAGAGUUACAUGGGACUACUACUUUUUGGGGCGAGAGCACACUCUUGAUUUCGAAGAAUGGGAAAGUGAGGCUGAGUAUGAAUAUGUGAAACGUAAUGGUGUGUCCAUUUUCCUCAUGCCAUCUGGAACAAUUGGCACACUUCGAGCACUUUGGGAGGUCUUCCCUCUGUUCACAAAUACUGCGUGGGGUGAGAAUGCGAAUCUUGCUUUUCUCGAGAAGCAUAUGGGUGCCACCUUUGAGGAACGGCCGAAACCCCGGGUCUCAGAGUUAAAUCCUGAUGAUAUCCACUCUGGAGAUUUCUUGGUUUUAUCGAAGAUCCGUGGGCGUUGGGGUGGUUUUGAAACACUGGAGAAGUGGGUUACUGGCGCUUAUGCAGGCCAUACUGCGGUUUGCCUUAGGGACUCUGAUGGAAAGCUUUGGGUUGGGGAAUCUGGUAAUGAAAAUGAACAGGUUGCUUCUGUUAUGACUGUAUGGACCAAGCUUCAACCAGAGUAUGCUGGUAAUAUGUGGGAAGAAGCCCUUAACAAACGGCUUGGAACUAAGGGUCUUCACCUUUCUGAAAUCAUAGUGGAAUCAGAGAAACGUGGGAUAACAUUUGACAAGUUACUAACUGUUCCUGAGAAUGAUAGUUGGGUCUAUGAAGAUGGUCAGUCAGCAUCUUGUAUAGCUUUCGUCCUUAUGAUGUACAAGGAGGCUGGACUCUUUGACCCUAUUACCAGCUCUGUUGAAGUUACUGAAUUCACAAUAAAAGAUGCUUACACCCUCAAAUUUUUUGAGGACAACUCCACCCGACUUCCGGAGUGGUGCAACAAGGAUGACGAUGUGAAGCUCCCCUUUUGCCAAAUCAAGGGCAGGUACCGGAUGGAGCUGCCUGGAUACAACACCAUGGAACCAUAUGCCCACAUGAACGAAAGAUGUCCAUCCCUGCCUCCAGAUUACAAUAGGACUAAAGGUUGCUAG